GGGGGGGGGGGCGCCGCCAUCGCGCCGCCGUGACCGUCAGGCCGGACCAGCCCGCCCCCCCCCGCUGGGCCCCGCAGGCCCCGCCCACCUGCCGCGGGCUCGCGCGGGUGCAUGGCCUGCUGCCGCGCCGCCGACCAUCAGGCCUCGCCGGGGGCCGCCGUCGGCCGUGGGCCCCCCCGUCGCGGGAGGCGGGAGGCCGAGUACGAGGAGCUGCGCGAGCCCGCGGAGGCUGGCGAGGCCCCCGCCUCCCCCAGCGCCCCGCCGCCGCCGCGGCCCGGAGCCAGCGGCGCGGGGGUCCCUCCGCCGGAGGCUGCCUGUCCGGCGGCACUGCGUUGCGUGGCGGUGGCGUACCGCGGCGCGCGGCGGCCGCUGGUGUGCCAGCGCUUUCCCGUGGCCGGCUUCGCGGAGUUGCGGGAGCGGUUAGGCAGCGACGCCAUCGUGGCGUGCAGGGAGCUCCGCCACCACCUCCCCGGCGCCAGUGCCUGCCCGCUGGCGCAACCGAGGGCCCUGCACCACGCCUUCACGCUGCUGGAGGUGGUGGGGGCGGUGGACACCUUUGAGCUGUGCCUCGAGAGGUUCGGCGAGGAGCUCGAGGUGAUGUUCGGCACCAGCCGGACGAUGCGGCCCUACGCCAGGCGGUUCCGCGCCACGGGCGAGGAGCGGGGCGAGAGCUGGAUGCGGCCCAUCACCGAGCAGCCGCGGAGUCCCGUUGGUCCCGAGGCUGGGCUCCCGCGCGUCACGGUCAGCGGCCUGUGCCACUGGCUGGAGGGGCUGCUGGCGGCCUGGCCGCCCUUCAGCGCGGCGGGGGCCAACUCGCAGCACUUCUCGCUGGCGCUGCAGGCCUUCCUCACCGCGCCCGGCGAGCAGUGCCCGCCGGGCGACGCCCGCGAGCCGCCGCCGGCGGCCGGCGUGCCCGAGGCGCUCGUGCAGGGGCGGCCGGGGCCCGAGGCGGACGCCGAGGA